ACACGAAAUCCAAACUGAUUGGCUGUUACUCUCCAGUGGCAACGGAAGUCAGACAAAGGGUCGCCGACAGACAAUCAAGGAAACGUGCACCUUCCCGCCAUGCCCAGUACGCCGCAUGCGCGCAGAUCGGCGUCGCCUGCGUCCACUCUGUCCUCCAGUCCGCCUGUAGCACACGACUCUGACGACGAGGAGGCUGUCAGGACAGAACGAAACGACGUAGAGCGCCGCCGCUAUUGGCUGCUCAAGUUGCCACAGCUGUACACGCCCAAGCAUCGCCAGCGCUAUGUGUUCCUCGAUCUCGAUAACACUGCGGGUUCGCUCAUCAUGAGUCCUCUGCUAUUUCAGAACGUCGAGGACGCCAUCAGUCCCCACGACGUCCGUCUCAACUUCGAGGCGCUCACCGACCACUUGUGCUCGUCCGCCGUCGUCGCGCAUCAAGUUACCACUUAUGGCAAGACAAACCCCCACAUUGCACAAGCGCUGGAGAAGUUUGGCUGGACCGUGAAGUCCGUUGGAAAUGACGAGAAUGUGCUACAAGCGGAACUUCUGACUCAAUUGCAGAAAGGUACAGCGACUGCCAAUGGGAAGACUCUAGUGCUCGCUAUGGGAGGAGGAGGCCUCGGCUCUGGCAAUACGUCGGCUUAUCAAGAGAUUAUCUCCAAGUUUCUGAUGCAAGGCUGGCACGUGGAGAUCCACGCUUGGCUGCGAGCACUAAACGACGGCUACCUGAGACUGCAGGGUGAGAAUCCGGGCCGCGUAGUGGUCAAACCGCUGGACGACGUCAUCCAGGACAUCGUGUUUGUGCAGAAAAGGAAGCGAUCGAGUGGUGCAGCAAUCAGGAAUGUUUGCAUCUCGCUAAGCCAUGGGGAUCUUCCUCUUAAAGUGGUUACGAGUCCUCUGUCGGACACUGCAUCUACCGAGUCGAUCGGCCUUACGAGCCAAUCCGAUGCAUCGAGUGUUUCGCCUGGCCAGACCAGUGCUGUCCCACCCGCAACGUCGCCGAAUGCCUCGUGGAUUAAAGCGGCGAUGCAAGGCAAGCAGUCAACACGUGUUGCUAGUCCCGUGUCAGCCACCUCGCCUACGAGCCACCUCGACUCAUUCACUGGAGCGACACCUUUCGUCCCGUCCCUCUCUCGUUCAGCGGCCGUGAAGUCGACGUUCACGCCUCCGUUGCCUCCUUUGACGCCCUCGGUGUCUAUGUCUGCAGCAUUCAAUUCCCCGUUCACGCCUACACCUACGCAGCCAGCGUAUCGCUGGAUGCUCUGGGAGCUGCAGCUCCAGCAGGUUCGCGACUUGAUCUCAGCCCAACAGGCCGACCUCGCGAUGCGGCAGUGCGCGCUCCAGCAGACGACGGAGCUCAUGCGACUCAUGCAGGAUCAAGAGCGGAAGACGUGGCGGCCCACUGGAUCCUUCCAACAGCCCAACGACGCAUUUGGUCCCUGGAACUGCACGUGGGACUUUUAACCCAGCAGCAAAAAGCGAGACAAAGAGUCAGGCAGCAAAACACGCGGCCAUCCGUCGUGGAUGAAGUAGCGUAUCAGUAGUCGCUGAAUAAGUCUCGCCUUCGUUAUCCACACGUUAAGUACUCGUUCCGUCCAGACGCUCCGGCGUCAAUGUAUCAUAAAGAGACUCGCAGCCCACUCGUCCUUACUUGUGCUGCACUCAAUAAACCGGACCUCUGAUUGAUGUGGAUCGCUUCGGGA